AAAACUCAAAAUGGCGGAUCCCGGAAAUAGAAGGUCAGAAUACGAGUGGGAAUACAAAACGUUGCCUGUGUGCUACAAAGUUAUGGCCCCUGUACUCGAAACGACUCGGGGUUUUGCAGCUUAAAAUGAAAUAUGAAAAGCGUGUUCUAGAAUAUGAAUAUAUAUAUAUGCGCGAAUUUUUUUUAGUUUUCGGUCUCUGCAGAGAAAGUUUUUAUGGAAGCGAGGAGUUGUUUGGAUAAGUUACUGUUGCUAAGCUAAUGUGAUUAGUAAGUAGCUACAAAACAGCAGUCCUUUUUCAUCUAAAUCCGUAAAUCCUCUUCAGCGGAUUUAUGCUGCGUUCAUGUGCUAUGGGAAGAUGAUAUUUUCCAGUUGGGAAGUGGUAUUUACCAGUGUGUUGUGUUGCUUUUGUUGUUGUUGACAAAUUAAAGAUGGUGGACCAGAUUCAAGUUAGCAAUAGUUAGUUAGCUAUGGUUAGCAAUAGCGUCUGCUCUGGAUAGGUAAAAACAAACCAUAACACAUUUUUAAAGGAAACGGAUUUCUAACGUAUUAUAUUACACUUGUUAAUGACGCAACAUUGCAUAGACACCAAAAACUACCCACUAGUACUAGUAAAAAAAACUUUAGUAGCGUACAGUGCUUAACAUUCAAGUGUCUUGUACCGCUCGCCGCCAUGUUGAAAAGGUUAAAGUUCAUCUCAUCUCGGCAACUCGUGUAGCAAAAUUUUCUACGAGUUGCCCAGUGGAAAAUACCACAAGAGGGGGCGUUCAUGUGUGCUUCCCAUGUCGGCGUUUGGUAUUUACCAUAAUUCCCAUAGCACAUGAACGCAGCAUUAUUUUCCUCAGUGUUCUGCUACAUUAAUGAGCAAGUGGGAACUGGUAAAUUUUCAGCUUCCCAAUAGGAAGGACCAGUUUGAUAAGCUUUCAAUCUCGGAAAAUAUAUUUCCUAGUUGCUGUUCGGUGAUAUCACACCAACAUGGCGGCGCUUAUGGUGAAAUCAAGCGGCAACCUCCACUCCUGAAAAAAGAAUCCAAUGUGCUAAAAUCUGCAGUUCCUCGAAUGGCCACUUGAGGCUGGCUCCAAAAGCGAGUCAAUUCCCAUAGACCCGCAUGUUAAAAUGUCCAACUUUACAGCGAAAGCAAACAUGUUUACAGCCUGCUAGAAAAACCGGUUUCAGUCUACAGCUAGUUUCUCCCUUCAUGACAACUGGGACAACAGCAACAGACUCCGGACAUCUCCGCUUGGUUUCAGUGUGUGAGCAAAGUUCGCUUGUCCCCCAGGCAGAGGAUAGUGAGCAUCACACCAUGAAUUCGUUGGUGGAUUAUGAUUGUGACAGUGAGGACAAUUUGGAGCCAGAGGAGACUCUUCCCGAAAACACUGUCCGUUCAGCUAAGUCUGAAGAAACAUUUCAAAACUGUCCAUUACAUAUAAAGAGGCCUGAUUCAGAUCUCCAUCAUCAUAAGUCAAACUCAGAAGGGUAUAAAACCCUGUCAGAUUCAAAAUGGCCUGAGUCAGUCAGUCCUGUAGUACAAACGUCUGUGUGUUCAAAAAGAACCCAGGCCACUCCAGCUGGACUGAGACCGUAUGUUUCAAAGAGACAGAGGAUGAACACGCAGCCCGAAUCAACAGCAUUGGAGCACACACAAAAUUCACCUGACCUGCAGCUGACAAACCUGCGCCUUCUCUCAGAUGUGUCUGAGAGAGUGCAGCCAUUCCUCAGCAGGAAAGUGGUGAGAGGUGAGCUGCCUAAACGUGUUCUUCAUCAGCUUCAUGCUCAUCACGGUCCAGUAAUCACAGUGCAGUGGUGCCCAGUGCCGCAUCUUAGCCACCUGCUGCUUUCAGCCUCCAUGGACAAGACCUUUAAGGUUUGGGAUGGUGCAGGCAGUGGGCGGUGCCUUCAGACUUACUCCACCCAUUGCGGGGCUGUACGAGAUGCAUGUUGGCUGCCAUGUGGACGACGCCUCCUUUCUGGAUCCUUUGACAACAUGACCGCUGUGACAGAUUUGGAGACGAGUCAAGUGGUUGCCAGGAUGGACAACCAAUUCAAGGUCACGUGUCUUGCCUUUCAGCCCUCAGAGCCUACUCUUUUUCUUUGUGGCGGAUUCGGUUCUGAGGUCAAGGCAUGGGAUUCCCGAACCUGUAAAAUGGUCAGAGUGUACAAGGCUGGGAUUCAGCAGACAUUGGACAUCCUAUUUCUGGGUGAAGGGAAAGAAUUUGUGACGAGCAGUGAUGUUGUGAGUCGAGACUCUGCAGAUCGUACCCUCAUUGCCUGGGACUUUGUGACUGCUGCCAAAAUCUCCAACCAGAUAUUCCAUGAGCGGUACACCUGUCCUAGCCUGGCCAUGCACCCUCAGGAGGACUCCUUUGUGGCUCAGACCAAUGGAAAUUACAUCGCACUCUUCUCCUCCCAGAAGCCAUACCGGAUGAACAAGAGGAAGAGAUAUGAAGGGCACAAGGUGGAAGGUUAUGCAGUGCAAUGCGAGUGGUCUCCAGACGGAACCAUACUGACAACAGGAAGCUCUACAGGCUGUGCGCACUUCUAUGAGUUUCAGAGUACACGCAGCUUGCUCACCCUCCAUGCUCAUCAGCAAGCCUGUAUGUGUGUGUCUUACCACCCUGUGAUACCUGCUACAGUUGCCACUUGUGACUGGGGAGGGGAGAUCAAGAUAUGGAGCUGAUAGCAUUACUUCAGCAUGACUUCCCUUUGCUGAAGAAAUUAACUUCCCAAGACUCUGUAUUUUUAAAAACAAUCCACUUGAAUUGUCUUCUAAACAUAAUGCCAGAUGGGUAUAUGAGCAUGUACGGAUGUCUCCUGAGGCUUGGAAUCUAGAUCUACAUCUUGAUUUCUCUAAAGCUGCUUUAUGACAAUAUCUUAUUAAAAGCCGUAUAAAACCAAA